AUGAGGGCACCUUUAAAAAAUUUGUGGGGACCACAUUUCAAACGGCAUCAUAAGUUCUACAGAAGACUAUGUACAUUACAACCAUUUAACUGGGGAUCAUGGACAGUGAUGUGUAUUGGCACUUUAGGCUUCUAUUUAACAUUCUUGGACAUCCGGAGAUUGUUAAAUGGAGGACCUACCCUGCCAAGGAAUCUCUGGCGAUAUCGAACGGAAUACCAAACAGUGUUGGCCCCCGAAUUGGAACGCGACUUAAAACUGAUGACAUCGGUAGUAAUGCUUGAAUAUUAUAUGCUGAUGGUGAUCGGUGUAGUGACAAAUAAUGUGGUGAUGUAUAUGCCUUGGCUAAUGAUCGAAUUAGUCGUAAUGAUUUGCGAAUUACUCACAUGCUGCUUAAGUCUUUUCACCGAUGGAUUGCGAGCCGACACCAGUGUUCUGCUAGUAACAGUAGGAAUGAUUUGUAAUUGGCUUAUCGUAUUUUGCUCUUUUCGGAAAGGCCUAAUGAUAUGUGAUCUGUAG